AUGGAAAACUUCACCUCCUCUCCGCAGAGGAACCACUCCGCCGGGGUCUGGACGGACUACAGCCUCCAGUACAAAGUCACCAGCAGUCUGCUGCUGCUCCUCAUCUGUGCGCUGGGGAUCGUCGGGAACGUGAUGGUGAUCCUGGUGGUGCUCACCACCAAACACAUGAGGACCCCCACCAACUGCUACCUGGUGAGUCUGGCGGUGGCGGACCUGAUGGUGCUGACGGCGGCCGGGCUUCCCACCAUCACCGACAGUCUGUUCGGGUCCUGGGUGUUCGGUCACUACGGCUGCCUCUGCAUCACCUACUUCCAGUACCUGGGCAUCAACGCGUCCUCGUGCUCCAUCACCGCCUUCACCAUCGAGAGGUACAUCGCCAUCUGUCACCCAAUCAAAGCGCAGUUCCUCUGCACGCUGUCCCGCGCCAAGAAGAUCAUCGUGUUCGUGUGGGCCUUCACCUGUCUGUACUGUGUGAUGUGGUUCUACCUGUCCGACAUCCAGGAGCUCGUGUACGACAACGUCACCAUCAUCACCUGCGGCUACAGAGUCCCCCGGAAGUUUUAUCUACCCAUCUACUUCUUCGACUUCGGCGCGUUCUUCGUGCUGCCGCUGCUGCUCUCCGCCGUCCUGUACGGACUCAUCGCCCGGAUCCUGUUCCUCAACCCGCUGCCCUCCGACCCCAAGGACAAGAAGAAGAACGGACACGGCAACCACGCCCUCAGCAACAGCACCAGCUGCAAAAACUCCCGCCACUCCAGCUCCACCGCCACCUCCCGCAGACAGGUGACCAAGAUGCUGGCCGUGGUGGUGAUCCUGUUCGCCGCACUGUGGAUGCCGUACCGGACUCUGGUGGUGGUGAACUCCUGCCUGGACCGGGCCUACCUGGACACCUGGUUCCUGCUCUUCUGCCGGAUCUGCAUCUACCUCAACAGCGCCAUCAACCCGGUCAUCUACAACGCCAUGUCUCAGAAGUUUCGCGCCGCCUUCCGCAAGAUCUGCCGCUGCAGGGCGAAGGGCUCGGAUAAACCCGCCACCUACAGCGUGGCCCUCACCUACAGCGCCGUCAAGGACACGUCGAUGGUGGAGAGCACCGACCACUUCACCACGGAGCUGGAGGAGCUCACCGUCACGGACGAGCUGCUGUCCAAUCAGAAGAUGAUGUUUCCAGACGCCUGCGUGUACGGGAAGGUGAACUUCAGCGACGCCUGA